UGUGGCCCCCUACUUCAAAACGGAACCGGGACCUCCAGAUAUCCACCUAGAAGGGAACCGUCUGGUCAUGACCUGCCUGGCGGAGGGCAGCUGGCCUCUGGAGUUCAAAUGGAUGCUCAACAACACAGACAUCACAGCCUUUUCCCCCGAGUACAAGUACACCAUCUCCUCUCUCCAGCGCUCCAAUAUGGGUGUUUAUCAGUGUGUGGUGAGAAACAGGAUGGGCGCUCUGCUUCAGAGAAGAGCCGAGAUACAAGUGGCAUAUAUGGGCGACUAUAUUGACAAUGACCAAAGAAAGACAGUGACACAGGGACGGGCCGCCAUCCUAAACUCCCCAGCGGUCAGUUGCUUUCCGCGGCCACAGGUGACAUGGUUCAGAGACGGCUACAAGAUCAUUCCUAGCAACAGAGUGUAAGUAGAGCUUAAUUGCUUGUUUAAUCUUUAAACCUGAACACCUGCUCAUUAGGAACAUUCUGGGUGACCCUGCACAGGUCCCUGUGGCUUUGGGUUCAUGUAAGAGAUGUAAUUACCUUAAGUGUUC